AUGCACCUAAAGGACCGCCAAUGGCACACGGAUGUUAAGCUUCUCUACUGCCCAUAUAUCAUACGUGGUAAUUGGGUUGGUCUUUGCAUCGACUUACCUUCCCAUAAAAUUACCGUACUACUACCAGACCCUACAGAAUACGCCCUCAAAGAAGUUGAGAAGGAGCUACUACCUCUUGCUUCGUCGUUACCCUUUCUCAUAACAAACUGUGCUACCAAUGCUGAAAUGGAAGCAGACAUAUCUGAAUCGUUCACUAUCACCAGCUAUGUGGGUGAAUGGGAAAUCAAAUGCAAAGGUUCGCAUGGCAUCACAACUAUUUUGCUACUUGAACUACAUACAUCUAAUACACUUACUUUCUCAGCUAACCUCUACGAAGCAAGUAUUAUAGAUACUGGAAAGAACUAUGGCGUUAAGAUAUUCGAGAAAUUUAAUUUCUCUCUACCAUUACGCAUGUGUUAG